UUUGGGCUUCGGUUUUCGGUGGUUUUUGAGUCACCGUCGACGGGCAGUGACGGAACAUUCCGACGGCUAGUUUCCGACAGAUUGAGUGCCGUUUAUGGGUUAGUUCCGACGAGUUCAGAAGGUAUCCGCGGUGGGUUGACGGGUCUAUUACGUUUCCAACAAGUGGUAUCAGAGCUCAAGUUAGAUAUGGCUUCAAAUGGUAACAUGUUGCAACCCCAACUUCCAAGGUUUAGCGGAAAGAAUUUUAAUCAAUGGAGUAUUCAAAUGAAAGUGUUAUAUGGCUCUCAAGAAUUGUGGGAUAUUUUUGAAAGAGGAUACACUGAAGUUGAGAAUCAGAGUGAGCUCACAAAUCAACAACUUGUUGAGUUAAGAGAAAAUCGUAAGAAAGACAAAAAGGCUUUAUUCUUCAUUUAUCAAGCUGUUGAUGAAUUUAUUUUCGAGAGAAUUUCAACAGCUACUUCUGCAAAGGCUGCUUGGGAUAUUCUACGAUCUACCUAUCAAGGAGAAGAUAAGGUAAAGAUGAUAAGGUUACAAGCUCUCAGAUCCGAAUUUGAUUGCAUUAAAAUGAAAGAAACUGAAACUAUUGAAGAAUUUUUCAAUCGUAUUCUUGUAAUUGUCAAUAGUUUAAGAUCAAAUGGUGAAGAAGUAGGCGAUCAAAGAGUUGUUGAAAAGAUUCUUAGAAGUAUGCCAAGAAAAUUUGAGCAUAUCGUCUUUGCAAUUGAAGAAUCGAAAGACUUAUCUACGUUGUCUAUAAAUAGCUUGAUGGGUUCUCUUCUAUCCCAUGAGCUAAGAUUAAAACAAUUUGAAGUUAACCCCGAGGAAGUUUUUCAAAUGCAAACUUCAUUUAGAGGCGGUUCACGUGGAAGACGUGGUGGUCAUGGAAGACGAGGAGGUGGAAGAAACUAUGAUAAUAGAAGCGGUGCAAAUUCUGAAAAUUCACAAGAAAGCUCUUCUUUAUCUCGAUGAAGAGGAAGCGGAAGAGGAAAAGGCUUUGGCAAAAACCAAGGAGGUGGUCGUGGUAAUUUCUUUCAAAUUCAAUGCUUUAAUUGCGGAAAGUAUGGUCAUUUUCAAGCAGAUUGUUGGGCACUAAAAAAUGGAGUUGGAAAUACCACCAUGAAUAUGCAUAAAGAACAAAAGAAAAAUGAUGAAGGCAUUUUAUUCCUCACAUUUAGUGUUCAAGACAAUGUUGUAGAGCCUACAUGGUAUCUUGAUAGUGGUUGUAGUAACCACAUGACAGGAAAUAGAAGUAUAUUUGUUACUUUGGAUGAAUCUUUCCAAAGUGAAGUGAAGACUGGUGAUAAUACCAGACUACAAGUCAAAGGCCAAGGUGAUAUUCUUGUGAAGACAAAGAAAGGGACAAAACGAGUUACAAAUGUGUUCUAUGUUCCAGGUCUAAAGCAUAAUCUUUUGAGUAUUGGCCAACUGCUUCAACGAGGUUUAAAAGUUUCAUUUGAAGGUGACAUAUGUGCAAUCAAAGAUCAGGCCGGUGUUCUUAUUGCCAAGGUAAAAAUGACUGCUAAUAAGAUGUUUCCUCUUAACUUUACAUAUGAUCAAAUAUCUUGCUUCAGCAGCAUAUUGAAGGAUCCAUCCUGGCUUUGGCAUUUUAGAUAUGGUCACUUAAACUUCAAAUCACUAUCUUAUUUGUGCAAAAAUCAUAUGGUGAGAGGUAUACAAAAUAUCAACCAUGAGACAAAUAUUUGUGAAGUGUGUAUUCUUGCAAAACAUCAUCGAGAUUCAUUUCCAACUGGGAAAGCUUGGAGAGCCUCUAAACCUCUCGAGUUGAUUCAUACAGAUUUGUGUGGUCCUAUGCGAACAACAACAAAUGGAGGUAAUCGAUAUUUCAUAACCUUCAUCGAUGAUUUCAGUAGAAAGUUGUGGAUUUAUUUUUUUGAAAGAAAAGAGUGAAGCACUUGUAUGUUUUAAAUCCUUCAAAACUUUUACUGAAAAUCAAAGUGGUUACAAGAUAAAAACUUUGAGAUCUGACCGUGGUGGAGAAUAUAUAGCUUUUGGUAAUUUUUUCAAGGAGCAAGGAAUUCAUCAUCAAAUGACAGCUCGAAUGACUCCACGGCAAAAUGGAGUUGCAGAGAGAAAAAAUAGAACAAUCAUGGAAAUGGCGAGAAGUAUGCUAAAAGCAAAAAAUCUGCCAAACGAAUUUUGGGGAGAUGCUGUUGCAUGUACUGUUUAAAUUCUAAAUCGAGCUCCAACAAAGAGUGUUCCAGGUAUGACUCCUUAUGAAGCAUGGUGUGGUGAGAAACCAUCUGUUAGUCAUUUGAGAGUGUUUGGGAGUAUAGCUUAUUCUCAUAUUCCAAAUCAGCUAAGAGGCAAGCUUGAUGAUAAAUCUGAAAAAUGCAUUAUGGUAGGUUAUAGUGAAAAUUCUAAAGCUUAUCGAUUGUAUAAUCCUGUGUCAAGAAAAAUUAUUAUCAGCAGAGAUGUGAUUUUCAGUGAAGAUGAAUCAUGGAACUGGAAUGACGACGUUGAUGAAGCUAAAAGUCCAUUUCAUGUUAAUAUAGAUGAAAAUGAAGUUGCUCAAGAAUUAGAGCAAGCAGAAAUUCAAGCGGUGGAGUCAUCUUCGUCCUCAACGUCAUCUUCCACAAGUAAUGAUGAAAUCUCACCAAGGAGAAUGAGGAGUAUUCAAGAAAUUUAUAAUACCACUGGACACGAGGAAAUCUCACCAAGGACAACGUGAGGAAUGAGGACUGUGAACGGACAACGAACGAGCACAACAGUGACAGACGCGGCGAUGGCUGGACACGAGGGACGACGAUUGUGUGCGCGGUGACUAUUCGUCGGAGAAGAGGUUGAAAAUGAGAUUGAGAAGAGAUGGAAGAAAUUGAUAAGGAGAGGGAAGAAAUCAUGUGGCAAGGGAUCGUGAGAAAUAAAAUAGAAAAGUAAGAGAGAAGGUACUUAAGUUUUUUAAAAAUAAAAAUAAAAUUAACUAUACCUUUAAUGUCGAUUUUAAACCGACAUUAAAACUCUCUCUUUAAUGUCGGUUUUAAAUCGACAUUAAACAUCCGCAUUUCAAAAAGCGACAUUAAAGCUCCAUUUUCAUUUUUUCUAACCGACAUUAAAGGGCAUAUUUCUUCAAGUGUGGAUUUAUUUGUUGGAUAGAGUGAAAUUGCUAUUUGAUUUUUGUGAUCGAGGAAAUUUGCCAUAUCAACCCAACUUUUCAGAUUAAGCUAAGGUUAUUACUUUACUACCAAGACACAUCAUCAAAACGAAAAAUAAUUUCAUAAAUCCUUCUUAAAUUUAAAUAACAUCUAAAACUAUAGAAAAAUCAUCUUCGGACUCUAUUUAAAACAAACUUCAAACGUUCACAUAAUCGUGUAGGAAACCAUCAAAACAAAACAAAACAUAACAAAUAAAUAUCCUAAACUUGGCUCAUUUCCAAUCCUCGAAACAAUUUUAGAUAACAAAAAAAAAUCUAGCGGAAGCAUUAAAAUAGUCGUUCCCAUAUGACAUUCAUAAAUCCUUCUUACCCUUGCCGGUCUGUCUCGUAUGUUACUUUUACCUGAAAAAAAAUUAAAAAUGAAAGGGUGAGUAUAAAACAUACUCAGUAAGGGACCCACUAGUGGUCCCGUUAAGGAAAAAUAACGGUUAGCUUCUCAUUAAAGGGUACUCUGCAACAUAACAGUCUAGUGAUCUCGUAGGAUGCACACAUCAAUCAGUCUAAUGAUCCCGUCAGAUACACGUAUCAGUCUAGUGAUCCCGAGGGAUAUACAUCUCAGUCUAGUGAUCUCGAAGGAUAGACAAAUGUGGUCAUCCCAUAAGACAGCGUACCUGCAAGGUACGCUACCCCAUAGAUAAGGCUAACAGUUACCCCUCGGUCAAGUCUAAAUGGUCGAUGACAGUAAUAUACAAAACAUCUCAACUAUUCGUUUGGUCUCUAUGCAUAGUCAAUCAAGCAAUCUAAGUUUAGUUGUAGUACCCUUAGUCAGUGUAUGCAACUAAACUAUACAUCAUAGUUACACCAUCCAAUUCCAUUCCAUAGUACAAACCAUCAAUAUGUAAGCACACCUGACAGUCAAAUCAUCUACAUAACACGAUCCAUCAAUAUGUAAGCACACCUGACAGUCAAAUCAUCUACAUAACACGAUCCAUCAAUAUCCAAACUACACAUGACAGUAAGAUCAUCAUCUAUAUUCAGCUAACAACGCAACCCAUCAAUAUAUCUAUGUUACAUAUAACAGUCAAAUCCUCAUCAUCUAUAAUCAGUCAACAACACGACCCUUUCAAAACAAACUUCACAUAACAGCCCAAAUAACAUCCAUACUCCAUCAAUAGCACAACCCAUCAAUGUAUAAAAACUACACCAACAAUCAUGUCAUUUAUAACCAGUCAAGAGUGUGUACCAAUAACGCUCUCUAUAUAAUCACAUAAUAAUCAAUUUAAUGCAGCAUCUAUAACAUAACUUUCACAUCAGUUAGUACGUUUCAAAUCUCAAAUUUGGGUUCAGUAGUAGGAAAUCCCUUACCUCAAACUUAGCUAAAAUUCCUUAUUUGAACAAAAUCCAAAUCAACCAACCUAAACAUAAACAUAAAGAUUUCAAACACUAAAGCAAACAAAGCUACCCAAUUAAAAUGUCAAUUUCAAAUUCUACCACUUACCCAAGUACUUAGAGGAUCGCUCUCCAAUUAAACUUGUUGUAAACUCUAGGAAUUCAUGCGCUAACAUAUUUAAGGAUUUAAUAGUAACUCCAAAUUAAUUAACCCAAAGUUUACACAUAAAAAUAGCCAUGGAAUUAACUAUAAAACUUCACAACUUUGGUCUUACCACAAAACCCAUAACAAGGCGGAAGUGGCAGCAAGCAAAAGGAAGAGGUUGCUGGCGGCUCGACACGGUUUGGUGCAUGGAACAUAUUGACGCGACGGUCGGUGGACCUAUAGGCAACAACGAGAAAAACAAAGAACACGUGAUGGCUGGACUUCGCAGGAGUGCGGCAGACGAAGGGCAGAGAAGAAGACCUACAACUGGGCUUCGACGGACAAUGCACGGAGGGCAAACGAGAUGGAGGCAGACUAGCGAAAUGCGGUGGUUGGUUGAAACGAAGAAGAAGGAGAAAGAUUGAGAUGGGGGCGGUGGUAGUCUGCUGGAACGAAUAAGAGGAAGAUGAAGAUUGAAAUGGGGGGGGGGGGUUGUCGCCUGAGAUGAAGAAUGAGAAGAUAGUUUCAGGAUUUGUUUUAAAAAGUAAAAUAUAAUAGUAAUAAUAAUAAUAUAAUAUAAUAUAAUAUAAUUAUUUUAUUUUAUAUUACAUAUAUUAUUAUUAAAAAUUAUAUUCUCAUUUUUCUAUUCUUUUCCUCUUUAAACUUGAAUAACUUAGCACCCAACAAAAUUAAAUUAUCAAUAACAUAAAGUAACUAUGUUGAGAACGUACCUUGAAACUUUGGGGCGUUGCAUUUUCCAAUUUGUAUAGAAACUUCAAUGAGAUGGUAAUUUUGGAUUUCAUCGACAUGAAAUCAAAAACAUGAUUUAUCAAUUUUUAUUAGAAAGAAAACAACAAAGAUGGGAAAAACCUACUUACGAAAUGGUCCAAUCCAUAAGAAAAUGUGUGUGCUUUUUUGAAGGAUGGGUAUCCCACUAAUUACACACUUACCUAAUGAUAACUUAUAGAAAUACAACUUCCUGUGGCAUUUUACGUAGAGAAAUGGAACCAAAGCACAUGAUAAUAUGUCAUAAUACGUAGCUUCUAUCACAUAUUCUUAAAUAUAAAAGAAUACAACUUCCAAAAGUCUUAAUGCCUGUUUUACCAGAUUUUCCAGUAUUUUAUAGCAGGAUUGUAGAUAAAGGAAGAAAGACAAUGAGUUAUAGAGAAGCGCAUGCUAUGCGAUAAGAAGCUUGUCUGGCGACUAAACAUCUCUAAACGAAGAACCACAGCAGCACGCGAGAAAAAUUCACUAAAAGACAAGAAUGGUAAUUGGAGUUGAUAUGGCAUGACAAGGUUUCUAUCAACAUUGACAUGACGUGAAGAUUAGAAGUUGUCUGUCGAAAGUAGCCUAUGGAAGGACUCCAUCUAUACUAUGUAAAGGGUCUAGCUUGAAUGGGCCAAAACCUAAAGAGCUCCAUUGGAGCCAGCAGAAUGGACUAGCCUUUCCACCCUCUGUAAAAGAGCCUACCCUAUUAUCCGAUCAAUCUUGUAAGUGAGAGCUUAAAGAGAGAUUAGAGAAAAAUUCCAUCACUUUCUUCCCCUAAUUUGUAAUAUAUUUCACAUAUUUACUUUCCACUUUGGUAUUUCGUUGUAAUGUAUUACGUUCAUCUUGUACAGUGGCCUACGACCUACAUUCUUUAAUACAUUGCAUAUAUUUAUCCCAUUUCAAUAUAUCA